AUUUGAUCGCAGGAUGUUCUCUGCUUGUCCUGAGCUGCAGCUGUGAAACAUACUAUUUAUGGAUCAAAUAAAUAAAACCAAUUCCGACAUUCCUUUCGAGAGGUCAGAAGUUUGGGGUUCUUAAAUGGAAAGCAGGCCUGUAUAGAAUUUGUAACCAAUUGUGUAGAUCUGUAUCCUUUGUAAAAUUUUCUUUUUUAGGUUAUUAUGAUUGUUUUGCUAGAUUAAUCAGUGGACGCCGGAGGAGAAACUGUUUGGCUGAGCAUCGAAUCUGUGGCAGAAUUAGUAAUUGAGUUGAUUGAUUCCCUGAGGCAGCCAUCACGAUGCACGCUCGCCAACGUAGCCCGGGAAAUGGUUAUAGGUCAGGUUCCAUGGGGAUGGGUAUGAAUCUAGCUGAGGGUUCAAUCAGAGGAGGCCAUGGCUUUUAUGGCAAUCGUGAUGGUGGUUUUAGCAGGGGUCCUGGGAACCCCAAAGCUUUCUCUCAUACCUCCCAGCCACCCUUUCGCAAGGGCGAUAUUUUCAUGGAAGCUGGUCGUCUUGCUGCUGAGUAUUUGGUUUCUCAGGGUGUGCUACCACCUAGUACUCUCUCUAUUAAAUGGCAUAAUUCUAAUUUCAAGAAGCACUCUAGUGAUUUUCGGGCACAAGAUGGAGAUACUUCGCAAUUGCCAGUGGAAGGGCGUAUAUCAGUCCUUGCUCGUCUUGGAAGCUCAGUUUCUGAUUCGUCAUCUGGUAGGAGAAAGUUUGGUGUUGAUGACUUCAAAGACAAAGUAAGGAGAAGAGGGGGAAGUUUCCGAAGCAAUGGCUUCGAUUGGGGUCGUGACUUCAAAAGGAGUGGCUCAUGGCCUGAUAGACCUAGAGUGUCCCCUGAGAGAAAGGAUAUUGAUGAUACUUUUACUACCAGACCCCACGAUGAGGAGGAGGAGCAGCAAGCUGUUGGUAUUGAGAAUGUUUCGCAAAAUUCUGACUCGACUGGGCUUGUGCCGAAAAGUGAGGGCGGGGGUGUUUUAAAUACUGAGACAGACAAGGAGCCCGGUUCAAGUGAAACGGAAUUGAAAGCAGAAUCUUCUACUGCUGCAAAUAAUACAUAUAGUACGGAGGGGGAACUGAUCGAGGUUUCCAAUAACUUGGACCAUAGCAGUGCAGGAGGUAAGGAGAUGAAGGAUAGUGCCUGCGAUGAUGAUAUAGAGAAACCAAGUGUCUCAAAGAAUUUAUCUGUUCCUCUCACUGAUCAAGACAGUAAUACCUGUAGCAGGGUUUGCACUGAUUUACUGACACUAUGCAAAUCUGUCAAGGUUCCUACCAAGACGCGUUCUUCACUGACUUACAAGGUUUUGAAGGUUGAUCCACUCAGGAACAAUGGAAAUGAAAAAUCUAAUGAUAAUGAGUGUAUUCAAGGACUUGAAAUCCCUGCUGAAGAGUCUGUUAAAGGCUCGUCAUCCACUGCAUUGCAAUCUGACAAAGCUUCUGAUUCAAAACAUCUUGAUUCAGAAGUUAUCAAGGUGCAAUCUGUUCAUGCUGCUGAAAAUGUUAAAGAUUUAGUUACUACUUGUAAUGUUGAGCAGGUUACAUCUGUGAGCUCGCAAUCUUGUCAAGAUAGAGCUUAUGUAAAUAGUAACAACCCAGAGUACAAUCCCAGACUGCCAGAGUAUGGAGGUAGCAUAUCAAUGGGUGAGGAAAGAGGUGAAAAGCGUGCAGUAGAUGCUGACGAUGGGAGGGAGGAAACCAAAAAACUAAAAGAGUGGCUUCCUUCCUUUGUCCCAAGGACCAAAGAUUAUUUCCUGCAUGACGAGGCAAUUGAAAAGAACUCAGGGGAAGAUGAAAUUUCGCCUUUUGAUGACUCGACUUUAAAAUCGGGUUGUGGGAACCUAAUAAGUAAUACUCAAUUUACACCAGGCGGAAGUAGACCAUUUCUUCAGUGUUCAGAGGAGAAACAACCAUUGCCUAGUUCAUUUAGAACUUGUGAUCUGAAUCUCAUGGAAACAUCUGAGCUGCAUGAUAAUCAUGAUCAUGAUCCAAUUCUUAUCUAUCCCUCCAUUUCGGAAAUGAAGAAAGGGACAGAACCAGUUGAUAUUGAUCUAUCCAUUAGUCAUGCCAGUGUAUCUGGUGGAUUCAGUACUUGUACAACAGGCAGCAAAGAGAUUGAAAUAAUUGAUCUAGAAAGUGAUUCUGUUCAAGAAGGAAGACCUGCUGACAAUAAGGAGAGAAAGACAGAGGCAAUGUUUGCAGGUCUUGAAGGCUUUUCUAACCACGCUCAAAAUGCUGCUGAAUUACAUGAUGUCCAGGAUGGUGGUUAUGGGCUAAUGCUGUCAGAAUUGCUUGGGUCUGAUUUCCCAAACUGUUCUUCAGUGCCAGGGGAUAUGAACUCUGUGCACAAUGAAAUGGGCCUUCAUAAUGGACCGGGAACACUUGGUGAGGAUGAUUCAAUAUAUAUGACGCUGGGGGAAAUACCAUUAAGUAGCCCUCUUUUUGGAAAAAAUGCACCUGCUUCCUCUUCAAUUGUGCCUGGUGGCUUUGGAGUGGAGAGUUUUUGUCAGGUUUCCUCUUUCUUUAUCAUAAAGAACACUUCUUGGAGGCUUAGAAGUGUUUCUUGGCCCACGAUUCAUCCACAUGCAGCAUUAAAGGCUAAACUAAGGCCAAGUAAGAACUUAUAAAUUCUUUUUUCUUCC